AUGAGUAAUUCAUCGACAAUUUUUCCCGACUUUCUCAACCCCGAAAACCCUGAGAAGUACUACUUGGACCUCGCCAUCUAUUGGUUACUGGAUGAUAUCACGGAGCGCGACAACGACCUUCUAGAAUGGCGAGCAAGGUUCGUCGCCCCCGAGCUUGCUAACCGCUGUGAUUUUUGUUGCCUCAUAAACUCCUCUUGCACCAACAAGGCGAGUGGCGCCUGUGACGAAUGCAGGGGGGCGGACCCUUCACGCGAAAAUAAGUGCAAGACGACUCUCCCUCCCCCUAUGCGGCCAGCUCCCGACGAUGGCGCCGUUGGACCCAGUGCCUACAUCUACGCGGGAUUUACCUACGAAGGACAGACAUCGGCUGGACCCAGCUCGACCGCGCCGGACUUGUUCACUGUGCCCAUCGUGGCCGGCGACGUUGAAGCCAUGCUCUCCUUGAGACCUGCGGCCGCGGCUUCUACCUACGAAGGAGAGAUAUCGGCUGGACCCAGUUCGGCCGCGCCCGCGCCCACACCUAUGGACGGGGCUUCUACGUUUAUUAGGCGUGCGCCUAGGAAAUAUAUGAAAGGAAUGACUAAACCGCCGCAAAUUGUGUGCGAGCCCUGUCGACUGAAGGGUCGGAACCACUAUAACACCUGCAACAUGGACUUGGAUCAGCAACUGGGCUGUUCGAAUUGCCGGAAGCGCGACGAACCAUGUACAAGAGGCCCGACCCUCUUCAAAGACCGACCGGACGGUUUAGUCAAGCCCUUGUGCUGUGACCAAUGCUUGGCGGAUGGGCUCUUCUUGUUUUCAUGCAGCUGGAGGGCCGUGCCUGGCGAACCGACAGGACCAUGUGGCAAUUGCGUUGAGAAAAAGAAGUCCUGUACCUUCGCGGGCGUCGAACCGAAAAAUCUCGUCGAGGGAACGCACACUCAUUUGACAAUGACGCAGUACCUCCCCGUUCCACGUCCGUGCAAUAUGAUCGAGGUACACGCCAACAUGACACCCGGGAGUGAGUACACAAUCGCGCCCAGGCCAGAAGCGGGAUCGUCGAGGGAUCGCAGUCGGAGCCCGGCAGGAACGCCCCCCAAAGGAAAGGACACGAGCGCAGCGACAAGCGCACUGAUACCAGCCAACAGGCCGAAUGCUUUUGGACUUACGGGCAAGCCCCGCUGCGACUUGUGCCGAAGCCUCCUCGCAAGGAGGCAAAACCAAUGCGACGCCACGGGUGACACCGGCUGCGAAUACUGCAGAAAAUACGCGACGGUGUGCAUUGUUAAUGGUCGGCCCCUGAAACCCAAGCCAACCGCGAAAACAGCACGUGCGAAAUUUGCUGAUUGCAAAAACUGUAAGGAAAACAACAGACCAUGUGAUCGCCAGCGUCCCUGCGACUCCUGCACCAAGAUUUGCGAGCAGUGCGCUCCAGCUGGUGCUACCGAAGGCGGUUCCUGGCUUCGCGGGCCCGAUUCCACGGGCAUGGGAGCGUAUUACCUUUCCUUAGGCUACGGCCCAAAGGGCGUGGACGACUUGCAAAACAAGCAAUGGCCUUACUUUCAGCCCGACAACUACCGCGAAACUUUCAUGCAGAUGCGAGCAGCGGGAGUACGCACCGGUCCUCUACAAGGCCCUCCAGACUUCGUUUCGACUGUUUACGAGCCAGGUUUCAACAGCAUGGCAGCACCCGACGCCGCUACGCCAGACUUUUCCAUACCUGACGAUAUAAACUUGUCGUUCCUCGCUGCUCCCAGGUCACCACCCGCCGGCGAGCCGCUGGCUCAAGCCGAUCAUCUCGGAGUCAGCCUCGUCAACGAGGGUGAAGUGGGCAAUAAUGAAACAGACAGGAAGCUUAUCGCAGACUACGAGAAGGCGUGGGACACUGCCAGGUUCUUAGUAGCGAAGCACGGCAACAACAUCAUGGACCUGCGCGAGGUGAGGGGAGGUCUCCGCGGCGCAAUGUUGGCGCGGCAGCCUGCCGCCGACUCGUUUUACUGGCAACAGAUCCACGCGUUGCUUGUGGAAAAGUCCCCGCCCCCUUCCAACCCCAUCCAUGAGCGAUUGGCCAUCAACAUGCCCGCGGACGCAGACGAGAACUUGGUCGAUUGGCUCAACCCGGGGUGGCGAGAUGGUAUACGCAACGCGGCCGCGGAGCCGUUACGUCCCCGCUCGCCGGCUCCUAUCCAGCCUAUUUUCCAUGUAAGGGGUCCUCCCCUCCCAGUUCCCCAUCCCAACCCCAAGGCCCGCGGCGUUAUGGACGUGGUCCUCUUCUAUCGCGAGCCGGUCCCCUUCCUAUCGCCGCGGCCAUGCACGGCAUUCCGGGCUGAUGGCCGGACCUGCGGCAAUAACGCAGAGGGGUCGUGCGAGGAUAUCAGGCACGAGCCCGGAGCGUGCGCAAUCUGCGACUCCUGCGACGCCGACAGCCGCAUCCGCACGGGUGCGACUCUCGACGGCUUGAUAAUGCAGCUUCGAGCCUACGCCUGCUCCGAGUGCGCCGGGUGGGACGUCGCCAUGAAGCCCGAUAUUUACCACGGCUGCGGGGUGCGGGUGUGGGGAAUCGACCCCCAGUUGCACUGCUCGCCAGCGGCCGUGAACGCCAACAACGAGUUGGCCGGCAGCUUCAUGGGCAUACCACUGCCGGCGACAGGGUGUCUCUGCGCGACCAAGCUCCUCGGCCGCCGCAUCUGCCAGCCGCACCGCACGCAGGACCUGCUCGACCUGCAGACCGCCGUGCGCGAGAUGCGGAACUACGUCGAACGCGUCGCCGGGAAAAUGGUGUGCCCGUGGUGCAUGCUACGCCAAGGCGCCGACGCGUUCCGCUUCAGGGGCGAGCGCGGCUGCGAGGGCGAGCAGAAGCCCUUCGUCUGCAUGGCGUGCCACGGCGUCGUCAUCGGCCUGAAUGACAACAUCUGUGGGCUCAAGGGGGUUCCCGACGCCGACGCGUCGUGGGGUAUGAGCAACAAUGGCAUCAUCGCCCCCGGUGGCGCAACUGCGCUGCAUGGAACCUUCAUGGGCCCCGGCGACGCUGGCUCCUCCAUGGACGUCGACCUCGACCUCAACGACGCCUUCGAUGUCAUGAUGAGCUGA